UACCGUUUUAUCACAAUUUUGCUUUACGCAACUUUAACUGCUAAAAAAGAAACUUCACGCUACCUAGUUUUUUUCAUAAUUUAAGCUAGCUCAGAGAAAAGACCACAGCAGUGAGUGAAUGGGCGGCAUACGAGGUAAUGACUAAUGUUUGAGUCAUGUUGUAUCAUCUGUGCCGAAAUUGUAGGCUCAGUACACCGCUGUUGGCUCGCUUCUGGAUAAAGUACAGGCAUCGCUGAAGUGACACCGACGCUUGACUUCGUCAGCCGGUGUAAAAGACACGCCGUCCUAUCCUCGCUCUCUCCUGCUCGGGGCGAAUUUAAUUGAUCCGGGCAAACCGCGACCGCCUCUGAGGCUGUUCGCCUGAAUCCAUAACGCUGAGCAUUUCGGGCGGCAGUUGCCUCUUUUUUUUCUCUCCAAGCCCAGGUGCACAUCUUCGGUUUGUUUGUUUUUUUCCUCAAAUCCAGAACACUCUAACUGAAGGAUAACCCAGUGGAAAAUCCGGAGUAAAUCAUCCCCGCAUUGUUGUGGGGGCAAGCUCGGAGGAGGGAAUGGAUGCGAGCGAGCGAGCGGAGGCGCACCGAGGCAGCUACCUGGCAGACCCGGCUCCUCUGUGAUGCAGCUGUUUGUGCUGGCUGCGAGAAACCCAGGACGCCCCGACGGCUGCUUCCUUUUGAAAAAAAACGCUAACGAGCGAGAAAUCAGCGGCUAUUUGUUAUUCUACACGUGUUUGGGAUUGCAUAUGAGGAGCGGGGUGAGGAGGAGGGGGGGAGAAAGCCAUGUUGCCAGUUUACUCUCACAGAGGGAGAGAGAAUUCACCAGCGCUUUGAUUUCUCAAAUCCACAUUCCUCUGUUUUCCACGCCGAUGUGAUCUGUCAGUUUAUGUGCCUCCUUGCCUAAACGUGAUCUGUCUUUUUUUUUUUUUUUUUUUGCGGACCUGUUUUUCUUCCUCUACUUCUUCUUGUUCUUGUUUUUAGAGACCAACUCGGUAAUAAUAUAGAAGUGUGCGACUGCGAGGAGGAGAGGACGGCGUUGGCAUCUAUCCAUGCGCGCUCCACACCGCGCUAUUUAUUAUGGAAGUGUGACCCCCCAGGCUGCCGAGGUACAACACAUGCUCCCAUCCCCAGAUCUAUACUUCCUCCAAGUGUUUUCAUGUAAAGGGGACGGGAGGGGGGGUAGUAUUUUGUGCACGUCUUCGGGUAAAAAUGCUCUGAACGUCGGGCUUGUUUCGCCGGCUUGUCAGUGACGCAACAUCUCCCACAGACUGCAUGAGAGAUACAUGCGUCGAAGGGCGUGAACUUGCAGAGCCUAACCUCCUUAUCCAUUAAGAAAGCAUCCACUUAUCUAUAAAGCCACUUUUGGAAAACCGCCCGUGCCCCGUCCACACACACGAACGCAUCGCAAUGGAUCUCAAAGCGGACUCGGAGGACAUGGACUACAAGCGGCCGGCUCCCAUCGAAGUUUUCGCCAGCAGGUCCACGCUGCACGGCAUCUCGCACAUGUUCACCAUCGAGCGGAUGUGCAUCAAGCGCAGCCUGUGGAUUUUGUUCUUCCUGUGCUCCGUGGGAAUGCUGGUGAUGGUGUGCGUGGACCGGGUGCAGUUCUACUUCCAGUACCCGCAUGUCACCAAGCUGGACGAGGUGGCGGCUCCGAUGAUGGUGUUCCCCUCAGUCACCUUCUGCAACCUCAACUCCUUCCGCUUCAGCCGGGUGACGCGCAACGACCUGUACCACGCCGGGGAGCUCCUUGCCUUGCUCAACGGAAGGUAUGAGAUCCGGGACCCACACCUGGUGGAGGAAAAUGUCCUGCAGAUCCUGAAGGAAAGGGCCGACUUUGACAACUAUAAGCCAAGGCCCUUCAACAUGCGCGAAUUCUACGACCGGACAGGCCACGACAUCAAGGACAUGCUUCUGUCCUGCUUCUACCGUGGCAUGGAGUGCAGUGCUGAAGACUUCAAAGUGAUAUUCACACGCUAUGGGAAGUGCUACACCUUUAAUUCAGGCCAAAAUGGACGACCCCUCCUGGUGACGAUGAAGGGUGGGAUGGGCAACGGCCUGGAGCUGAUGUUGGAUAUCCAGCAGGAUGAAUACUUGCCUGUAUGGGGAGAGACUGACGAGACGUCGUUUGAAGCAGGGAUCAAAGUGCAGAUCCACACCCAGGACGAGCCGCCGUUCAUAGACCAGCUGGGCUUCGGAGUGGCACCGGGGUUCCAGACCUUUGUCUCCUGUCAGGAACAACGGCUGACGUACCUGCCUCCACCGUGGGGGGACUGCAAGGCCACGCCGAUGGACUCAGACUUCUUCAGCACUUACAGCAUCACGGCCUGCCGGAUCGACUGUGAGACACGAUACCUGGUGGAGAACUGCAACUGCAGGAUGGUCCACAUGCCGGGAGAUGCCCCAUACUGCACCCCGGAGCAGUACAAGGAGUGUGCGGAUCCUGCCUUGGACUUUCUUGUCGAGAGAGACAAUGACUACUGUGUGUGCGAGACGCCGUGCAACAUGACACGCUACGGUAAAGAGAUGUCCUUUGUCAAAAUACCCAGCAAAGCAUCGGCCAAGUACCUCGCCAAGAAAUUCAACAAGACAGAGCAGUACAUAGCUGAUAACAUUCUGGUUCUGGAUAUCUACUUUGAGGCGCUGAACUACGAAACCAUCGAGCAAAAGAAAGCCUAUGAAUUGGCAGGCCUUCUGGGUGAUAUUGGAGGUCAGAUGGGUCUCUUCAUCGGAGCCAGCAUCCUCACUAUCCUCGAACUCUUUGACUAUCUAUAUGAGGUGAUCAAGUACAAGCUGUGCAGAUGCGUGAAGAAGAAACACAAAGGCCGCAACAACAAUGACCGGGGAGCUGUGCUGAGCCUGGAUGAUGUGAAACGCCAUGCUCCUUGUGAGAACCUGCGUACACCAUCAACAUAUCCUGGCAACAUGCUACCUCAUCACCCGGGCCAGGCCAACUUUGAAGACUUCACUUGCUGAGCAGACCCGGGUGGAGCAACAAAGCGUGCGUUAUGCAACCAAAGCCAACCACACAACAAGAACUAUCCAACGCGGGGAGUGCGAGGAACUGAUACGAAGUCUUAACAGAGGCACUUUUUACAUAGAAAAACGGAGCAAAGCAGACAAAUCAAACACGACAAACGCGGUGAAAACUGAGGCAAAGCGGAGGGGAAAUCCCAAAUAUUAAAAAAAAAACAAAAAAAAAAAAAAAUCUGUUAAUUUUUUCCAGAGAACAUUUCAUGCAGCACUCUACAAAAACUCUUCUAUUUCUGUGUUUUCCACUGGAAUACUGCCGCAAACGAAAAGGAGGCUCACGGAGAGAGAGCCUUGCCAACACAGACCUUUCUUUCAAAAGACAAGAGAAAAAAAGAAAAAAAAAGAAAAAUCACAAACAAAUAAGGGAAAAUGUACAGUUAUCACAUCAUAGACAGCAGAUCAGAAAAAAAGAGCCCCCAUGCCUUUACAUAACACAGCGACACGCGCUGGUUUCACACGAGUGGGACAAAUAUUCAUAACUGCUUUACUCCACUGUACAUGUAGCAACAUCUGUAACUGUUGCAGCGCUCCAUGAAAACAACACCUGGACUCUUGUGUCGUUUGUUUCGAGAAUGUAUCGAUGUUCGCGGUGAGUGUAGGAAGCCUUUCGGGGGAGUGGUGGUGGCGGCGGUGGUCGUGGUAGAGGUGCAUCAUCUACCAUCUGAAAUGUACUACUGGUGAUGAUUUCAGGUCUCAUCAUGUAAAUGCAUGCUCGUAACCGUCCAGUGCAUGUUUUUCAUUUCAUUUAUUAUUUUGAUUUAUUCUUUUUUUUAUAUAUACAUAUAAUAGUAUAUGAAUAUUAUAAUUACCAAGUUUGCCUCAAUGAUAUACAGGAGAAGGAAGAUGAUACAUCCAAUAUGUUUCUGUUUAUGUGUGUAGCUAUGCAGUGCGUGUGUGUGUGUGUGUGUCAUCAGUGCCCGAGCAGGUACAGUGUGUGUUUGUUGAUGCAAAUGAAUGAGCUGCACUUAAUUACAAUUCUCAUCCUCAUUCCUUUUUUCUUUUUUAAACCUGCGCCUGGCGAGUCGAGGAGUCUUCAUUCAACUUAAUUUCCUCUUAUCUCGACUCUCUCUGAUGUGAUGAGGAGAAUUUUUUUCCAGGAGAGUCAAUCGCUGAAAUCCUUCGAGUUCUGUGGGGCUGUUAAUUCUUUCUGUAUCUGUGUUUCUAGUUGCAAAAGUCUUAUCAAAGCACAAUAACGCCAGUAUGUAGAGGUGAUGUAAAAGACAACGUACUAUUCUUCUUGAUAUAUUGUCAUAUUAUUAAUAUCGUGUUGAUCCGAAUGUUUUUCAGUUGGUUUUUCUUUUUCUUUUUCUUUUUAUUUCAUAUAAAACAAACUCGAUAUUGCCUAGUAACCCUGUCUCCAUCUUCCAGGUAAUAGGCUGGUCUAUUUAGUUAUCAAAGCAUAAAUAAAAUGUAAAUAUCAUUUUGAAAAUUGUUAUUCUUCUGAGGUUUUAUUCUGACUGGUGAAUUUCCUGUUAGAAAAGCCUUUAUGUUCCUGUUUGGUUGAUGAGGAUACCAGAGGCAAAGGGAAGUAUUUUUAAAAAAAAAACUCCAGACACUGUGCAAAUGUUCAUUUUUUUUAAUCACGAGUUGCUCUCGGAAAAUCUGAUUAAGCACUCCGCACUCCCAUCUAAGGCGUUUUGCUAUCUCAUCUCUCUUUAAUCAACAUGUAAUCUUGUGUUUUUGCCUCAUACAACGUUUUCUCGGAAUUAAAUCAACAUUAAGCGAAAGGGUUUGGGGGCAGGAGUCUGGUAUUAAAAUAGAUAUUACUUAUCGGCUUCAGCCAUGCAUUUGUGCCGCACUUUGAAACAGCUGCAAGCAGCAACCUUGGUGCAUUUCGAGCUCUGUGUAAUUACACUCGGAGCUGCUGUAUGACAAUAGGAUGGAUGAGAAAAUAUCCUGCUCAGCCAAUACAAGUUUUAUCAAGAUUGUAAGUCAGCCAGCAGACGCAUAUUACGGACGGCGUCUCUCGUGUUACACUGUACAUCUGGUGCUGCCAACUGCCACACUUAUAUUGGAAAAGCGGUUUGGUAAAGACACGACUCUGGGAGUAUUGGCGCCCAGCUGUGUGCCCUUAAACAUGGUCCGCCUUGAAAUCAGCCCCCCGACUACCAGAUGUUAAGGGUUGCUCAAGGACGAGACAAGUUUACUUUUGCCUUCUUCAGAAAUACUUCUAGUGGGAAACCAAACAUUAACAGUGUUCAUCCAGUGUGAGCGUGCAUUCAUUUUUUAUCAUUCAGGGGAGAAACCUCAGCUGGUAACCACGCAUUAAUAUACAAGCGUUAAAGCUCCCGGGGAAAACUGGCUCCAACAUCUGAUGAAGAAGAUUUUUUUAUUUUUUUUCUCCAGUUCUGAAUGUCACACGAGAAUGACACAUGGUUUUGCCCCCCUGACGGUUUGAUUAUUUUCUGUUGUACCUGCCAAGAAGACAAAUUAAUCGAGAAAUAAAAGACGAUGCUGUUCA